AUGGGGAGACGCGCAUACCUCAACUCGCUCGCUUUGGGCCGGUCUCCCUAUGAGGCUCCAGAACUCACGGUUAAUGGAGAGGCUGUACCGCAACCCAACCAACAUUUAGCAAAUACAAACGCAGACGGAUAUGUCCAAGAGUAUGACGCUCGGGGCCAUCCCAUCAACCGUCGUUCAAAGGCGGAGGCCAAACAACUUAGAAAAGCUAAGAACGAUGUUUUAUCUACCAUGGGCAUCGUUGUAAGCGGCGAGGACCUAAACUCAGCCAGCGUGAAUGAACAAGACAAGAUUGCUCUACUCGCAGAGGAGAAUGACUAUGGCCUGGCACUGGCGGCUAUAGAUCAGCUGGCAAUGUUUGGAGCGUCAUGCGCCAACUCCGCUGUUAUAAUAGUCCUUGGGCAGGGAUACAUGUUCGCGCUCUUACAAUCACUUCAUCUUUUACCCGUAUUCUCUAUCCCCUCGCUUUAUUCCCUGAUUCCCUUUACAUCGAGCUCCCUUAUACAGCUGCCGCCUUUGCCUUCAGAGCUAUCCGCCCGGUCCAUCGGCCUGUAUGGCCUUUCCCUAAUUACUUCACCCUUCGUCAUAUUUAACCUGUAUGUCAACAUACGCCCGAUUAUUGAAGCUAGAGUUUACAGGAUUCUUCGGCGUCGUCUCCCGAAACCAGAUCGUCCGGAUAAGCUCUCCCUUCGAGUUGCUGUAGAGAACGAGCUUAUUGAAUGGACCGUUCCGUCCUUGGGGAAGAGAUCUGAGGAAGAAAUCAAACGGAGCCAUUUCACGCUAGCUGAGGAGAUUGGAUAUGAGUUGAUUACCUUGAAAAAUUGGCUUCUCCGGCUCAUAGGCCAUCAACCGGCUACUGAGCCAGCACUGGAUCCCAGCGAAGCUCCGUGGCUAGAACGAUAUGAAUCUGUCCAAAGACGAGUUGAGCAGCUACAGCGUGAUCUUGGACUAAGGCCAGCCAGCCCAGAUUACAGCCAUGAUGCCCCAGCAGCUGAUGCAAGCCCUGUGUACGGUGAUGGGCGCGCCACAAUGCACGUCUCAAUUGGACAUCCGGUUCCUCUACACUCCCACCCAUCGCAGGCAGAGGGUGUCCAAGAGCCCGGCCAGAUCCUUGUGGAUGAAGAAAAUCGCUUUGCUCAGUCACCCCUCCAGAUGCCAGAAACAUAUUUCUCAGACAUGCACGCUUCAAUACAACCCCCUGGUGAUGAGGCACAUGCUUCAACACCGGAUCAGCAUAACAUGCCGCUUCAACCCCCAAGGCUAGAAACUGCCCCUGAGCCUAUGCCUGUCUCUCGACCUAAUACCCUUUUCUCUCCUUCACCUUCUCCCGAAUCAUCCCCACCCUCUUCGCCCCGAGUCAGGGCGUCACUUAUCCAUCAAAACUCCGACGUUAUUACCAUGCAUCUAGAGCUCUUGCAGAGCCACACAGGGGCGGAUGUGGAGGACCAAGCUUUAAAUGCAAACGUCUCCAUCCCUAACGGCGUGGUUCACAGAACCGAAUCACAAACUAGUGCUAUCGAUCGUGCUGCAACCGAACUAUUGGAUGCCCUACUUGCGCACCCAACACAUCGAUCAGAUACGAAUCCUGGCGAGCCAAACUCAGAAGAGGCGCGUCAUGCACCUAACGACACCCUACAAAACGGUGUAGGUCCUAACGGACAUACUCCACUGCGGGAGUCAGACACUGAGUGGCAAACACUAGGCAUGGGCGAAAAUCAGCCAAAUGGCGCCCUUGACAACAUAAGUAGCAGUUCAAGUGAACAUAUGGCGAACGGCACUACCCCUCGAAGACAACCGCUUGCCGACCGCUCUAGACAGCAACCUAGUGAAGAAUGGGACCAUCGUGUUACUAUCCUCUCCUCACAUCCCGUGGAUGCAUUUUCCUCGCACCUGUCCUGCAUAAUUACGUCUGUUUUAUUUUAUCCCUUUGAGUCUCUCUACCUUCGCAGCCUCGCGGCUACGUUCUUAUCCGCUCAACCUACGACUAUGCUACUCCCAAUAGGGGCUACAGCAACGGUGCUAGGGCUUCGCUCUGAUGUACGGCCAUUAGGGGCAUGGCUGGGCGGGGGGGGUGCAACGGAUAUGCUCUUCUACGUAGGGAAGAUGGCAUUAAUUGCAGGAUUUGAAGCAGCCAUUAGUGCGGGAGUCUGGGGUCUAGGAGCUGGCGCUGCUAUCAUACUGGGUAGGAUGAAGUUCCAAUGGGGCCAAUUAUAG